CCGCCCCAGUCCCAAUGGCAAGAAGCUUUCACCGAGCUGCGAUCUUUUGUUGGGAUGGGCAUGGUCUGAUCCUCGAUCUCCCUAUUCCCUCAUUCUCUUCUUCCUAGCCGUUUCAUUUGUCCUCUAGGCUCGGAUUCGGAGCGUCGACCCGUAAACGGACUCUGGGGAACGAGCGUUGUCGGUUGUCGGGAAUCCGGGGUUAUUAUAUUUGUACUCUCCACUCUUCGCCACCGUUCUCUCUCCCCCUCCUUCUCGUACUGUUCGAGUACUUGUCAAUCCCUCCAUUUUUGUUUCUGACGUAUAUGAUCUGUUGGACCCUGCAUAGCGUGACGGGUUUAGUUUUUGGGUUAGUCUCAUCAUCACUAUGACCGAUCUCGUUGCGUCCGAAUAUAUUCCGCUGGAGGUUCCUCUUCCUCCGGGUCCGGAUACUUCCUUCUUUUCGGAGACACAAUGGAACACGCUAUUUGCAUUGGCAGAUACUAUAAUUCCGUCUAUUCGAACGGCUGCCACCGUCAGAUCAUCAACCGAUAGGGUGGUUUCGACUGCCGAAUGGGACUCGGCCGUGACCAAGCUAUCCUCGUUAAUCCCCAGCCCCGAUGCUGCAAAGAUCGCGGCCGUCUAUUUGGAAGAAGAUGCUUCGUCGAAUCCGCUCUUCCGGGCAUACGUGGAACGGAUCAUGGGUCAUUAUGUGCACGAGGAAGGAAAGAGUGGCUUCGGAUUGAUCAUGAAUGCACUGAACACUCGAGCGGGCUCGUUGAUUCUCACCGGAUCCACCACACCAAUUCAUCAACAGCCGGUGGCCGUUCGUGAAAAGGUCUUUCGAGGAUGGGACUCUUCACGACUGCCUCCUCUCCGUGCCGUCUACCGUGGUCUCACUGGAAUUGUCAAGAAGUCUUGGGUAAUGUCCAGUCCGACCAUGAACCAGGUUCUCGGGUUUCCUCGCGUUCCAGUCCAUGGCAAGCCGACCGAUGGUUUCCCCUACGAAUUCCUGCAGUUUCCCGCUGGAGACCAGCCCGAGACGAUCGAGACCGACGUGGUGAUUGUCGGAAGUGGCUGUGGUGGUGCAGUAACUGCGAAGAACUUGGCCGAGGCUGGUCUUCGGGUACUCGUGGUUGAAAAAUCCUACUCUUACUCUAGCAAGUCAUUCCCCAUGACGCCGAACGAGGCAUAUGUCAACAUGUUCGAGAAUGCGGGAGCCACUAUCAGCGACGACGGGACGAUAGCGGUCCUUGCGGGUUCAACUUGGGGCGGUGGUGGCACCGUCAACUGGUCCGCUGCCCUCCAGACGCAGGCAUAUGUUCGUCAAGAGUGGGCCGAUACGGGACUGCCCUUCUUUACGUCACUCGAAUUCCAGAGAAGCUUGGACCGAGUCUGUGACCGCAUGGGAGUCAACACCGAACACGUUGAGCACAACCGCCAGAACAACGUUAUCCUGGAGGGCGCACGCAAGCUCGGCUACGCAGCCAAGGCAGUGCCGCAGAACACCGGAAAUGGCGAGCACUACUGCGGUUACUGCACCCUGGGUUGCCAUUCGGCUGGCAAGAAAGGCCCCACGGAAUCCUUCUUGGCCGAUGCAGCCAAGGCGGGUGCGGUCUUUAUCGAAGGAUUCAUGGCGGACAAGGUCAUGUUUGACAAGAAGAGCCCAAAUGGCAAGCGGGUCGCGGUCGGCGUGGAGGGUAUUUGGACCUCGCGCGAUUCGUAUCUCGGUAUUAGUGGUGAUGGCGCCGUGAAACGCAAGUUGAUUAUCAAGGCGAAGAAGGUGGUCGUCUCGUCGGGUACCCUGCACAGCCCACUUUUGCUGCUACGGAGUGGCAUCAAGAACUCACAGAUUGGAAAAAAUUUGCAUCUGCAUCCAGUCAUGGGCGGCGGCGCUGUAUUCGACGACUCAGUUCGUCCAUGGGAGGGUGGCGCGUUGACAACCGUGGUCAACGAGUUCGAGGACCUGGAUGGACAUGGUCACGGUGUCAAGAUUGAAGCCGUGGCGAUGAUGCCAUCCGUGUAUAUUCCAGUCUUCCCCUGGCGGGACGGACUCGACUAUAAGCUGUGGGCCGCAGGCAUGAGUCGCAGCACCAGCUUCAUUACGCUGACCAAAGAUCGUGAUGGUGGACGGGUCUUCCCCGACCCCGUGGAUGGCCGACCACGAAUUGACUAUACCCCCUCUCCAUUUGAUCGCCGCCAUAUCGUGGAGGGCAUCAUUGCUGCUGCGAAGAUUGCAUACAUCUCUGGUGCCAAGGAAUUCCAUACGACCUACCGUGAUAUCCCGCCUUUCGUCCGCCCUGACGCGUCGAACCCCGAUGCUCCCGAGGGAACCAACGAUGCUGCUCUGCAGAAUUGGAUCGCAGAGCUGCGUCGCAAGUCCCCCUUGAAUCCCGAACGGGGUUUAUUCGCCAGUGCACAUCAGAUGGGAACGUGCCGCAUGGGCAAGACUCCUAAAUCUAGUGUGGUGGAUCCCGACUGUCAGGUCUGGGGCACCGAUGGCCUCUACGUCGUGGACGCCUCGGUCUUCCCCAGUGCCAGCGGUGUCAACCCGAUGGUCACCAACAUGGCCAUUGCCGAUUGGGCUAGCCGGAAGGUCGCUCGGGCAUUGGGAAAGCCUCGAAGUGAGCGGAACGGCAUGGCUCGCCUGUGAGAGCAGGCUGUAUAUACUCGUGUCUUGGUUCUUUACUCUUAUACCCCAUGUUUCUCAUGUUGAUGUUGCAGGAUUCUCUGUACAAAGUUUACCCUAGUAGCUCCGUCAUGUCUGUGUAUAUGAUGGCACUUUGCCACCCGACUUGGUACAUAUUACCUCUUGUCAUAUAUAAUAAAGUUGCACAUUGUCAUGCUCUUCUAUCGCUCAAAAGUAUUGUGCACAAUCAUAAUCGAUAGACAUGUCAUUUAUCAUUAUUAGGUACUUUUUAAGGGGCUCAUCUCUUGAUUUCUCAGAGAAGAUACCCAUUUAAGCUUGGUAGGGCUGACGCUUCUCAACAAAGUUCUUCUCUCCAAAGGCCUGCUUCACACCGUCAACCUGGAUGAGACGCUCAUACCAGGCGACAGUCAGAGGGAACUUCUCCCGCAUCUCAGCAUCGAUAGCCAUGGAGAAACCCCAGACCAAAGCGGAGGCGAGGGUAAUAUCAGCCAUGCUGACCUUCUCCUCGCUGGCGAACCAGGUGCGACCCUUCAGGUGGGUCUCGAGACAGCCCAGCGAACGCUCCAGGCGCUGCAGGUUGUUGGUCUCGGUGGCCUCGUCGUAGGGCCGGAUCUUCAGACGCCACAGGGCGAGGUGAGUGACGGGGUCCAAGAUCUCACCCUGUGCAAAGCAAAUCCACUGGCGGAUGGUGGCGCGCUGGGCCGGGGUAGCGCCGAGCAAUUGAGCGCUGGCGGGACCACUCUCCGCGAUGUAUUGGGCAAUAGCGUCGGACUCGAACAGGGUGGUGCCGUCGGCAGCCUCGAAGGCGGGCACCUUGCCAAGGGGGAACUUGGACAGGAAGUCAUCGGUCUUGUUGGUCUUUCCCAUGGCAAAGUCGGGGAAAAUGGCCACCUCGAGGCCGUUGAUGUUAGCCGCAGCCUGGGCCUAUCAUGUCAAGAGAUAUUGUUAGCAAAGCCCCGUCUUGAAUAAAGUUCUCAAGGAUGUCAAGCCGGAAGGAGAAUAGGUCGUAAGUACCUUCAUGACCCGAGGGCUGGGCAUGUAUGAGUAGAUCGUGCCGAAUGGUGCCAUUGUGGAGGAGGAUGAGGUGCGAAGCUUAAGGAAAGCCACAGGUCCGGGGGGGCAAAAUCCUAUUUAAAGAUAAGUGCAAGAGACCCCUGCCUUCCGACCCCUUGGCCGACAUUCAAAGUUUGAUCACUUCUGCCCUGGAUUAAUAAUUCAAUCAUGUGGAUCUAUUCAACACGUUUUCACCACUAGGCCAAUAUAGAGGUGGGGUAGAAGCAAGUGGAAACCGAUUGCUAAUCCACAGGGAAUGAAUUCCGUGGCUGGUGGG